AUGGAUAAACAGAACGGGACACGGCAAACCGAAAACAAGCAGAGCGAGUUUAACAGAAGCACUGCAAAAGAGCGGAUAGACAGGAUUGAUCCUUAUGGGUUUGAAAGAUCAGAAGACUUUGAUUAUGACUCUCAUGAAGAAUUUAUGUCCGUCUAUCUUGCCAUCCUCACUAGAAGGUCGAUCAAGUGGUCCAAACUUUUAAAGGGAAACAAUAAAGUGGUAAAAAAUAUAAAAGUGAAGAGGUAUGUAAGGAAAGGCAUUCCAAAUGAGCACCGAUCCCUGAUCUGGAUGGCAGCGAGCGGGGCGCAGGCUCAGCUGGAGCAGAACCCGGGGUACUAUCGCAAGCUGCUGGAGGGAGAACGGGACCCCAAACUCGAGGACAUGAUCAAGACAGACAUGCACAGAACAUUUCCUGACAAUGUACACUUUCGAAAAAAUGCUGAACCCUGUUUGCAGCAGACCCUGUUCAACGUGCUGCUAGCGUAUGGGCAGCAUAAUAAAAAUGUGGGAUAUUGCCAGGGCAUGAAUUUUAUUGUGGGAUAUCUGAUCCUCAUCACGAAAGAUGAAGAGAAGUCUUUCUGGUUGUUAGAUGCUCUGCUGGGGAGAAUAUUACCUGAUUACUACAGCCCGGCCAUGCUGGGACUGAAGAGUGACCAGGAGGUGCUGGGGGAGCUGGUAAAACUGAAGGUCUCUACCGUGGCAGAGCUAAUGGAGAGGCACAACGUCAUGUGGACACUGGUGGUGUCACGAUGGUUUAUCUGCCUCUUCAUCGAUAUUCUUCCUGUAGAGACUGUUCUCCGUAUUUGGGACUGCUUAUUCUAUGAGGGAUCAAAAAUUAUCUUCCGUGUGGCCUUGACUUUAAUAAAGCACAAUCAGGCUUACAUACAGCAGGCCACCAAUUUCCCUGACAUCUGCGAUAAAUUCAAGGAGAUUAUCAGGGGGGAGCUUGUGGAGGACUGUCACACAUUUAUGCAGAAAAUCUUCACAGUACCUGGCCCUCUGUCCAUGGCGACCAUUACCAAACUUCGGGAGACGUGCCAGGCAAACGUAAUUGCUCAGGGACUCUGAGCGUUUCUAGUUUAG